UAUAGCAGACUCUAUGGGGCUUGUUGAGCAAGCGGUAGAUGCUCAAACGAGGGAAAUGGAGAGAAUACGAGGUUAGUACUUGAUGCCCUUACAUGGUACGGUCUCUCUCUGACACCUUUAGAUCAAACAUAUGCUGCAUUGCCUCGGCCUCGGCGUCAAGAUACUACCAAUCCAGCACAAGAGGCAGGCCAGCAAUACGACCAACAGUCGGACCAAGAAGUUGGCCAGCAAGCGGACCAAGAAGUGGACCAGCAAGCAGAACAGCAAGCAGAACAGCAAGCAGACCAGCAAGCAGACCAGCAAGCAGACCAGCAGCCCGACGAAUCCUCAAACGACCAGGAGAACCCCCUGUCAGCCAGCUGGGCGGCAUCCGUCGCCGAGUCCUACGACACCGGAUACCCACCACUAAGCUCAUCACCCGGCCUUUACGAGCCCUACUUCACUCUGCGAGACAUACGCGUGGCAGCGGAAGAGCUUGGCGCAACCACUGAAGAUCAAAAGCAUAAUAUAGAAGAUAUUUUCUUAGCCGCGCACAGGGGCCUGCUUCCGCGUCCUGAAGGUGGAAUAACGGCCAAGGGGGAGGAGAAGGAGUAGUGAGAUGGUUGGCAAUGCGGAUGAUACUGCAUACUU